AUGAAGACACUCUGUGUUUUUCUACUUGCGUUGUGCUUUGUACUUUCUCUAGCAGAAAACGAGAGGCUAGACGAAAUUGAACGACUGCUGAAAGGUUUUGUCAAGAAGAAUGAAGAGUUGCAAGCGAGGGUUUCUUCUUUGGAACAGGAAAACAUGCUCCUUAAAUCUGAUGGAAAGCUGAAACGUUUUAUAAUGGAGCCCGACGAUGCCGUUGCAUUUACAGCAGUCAUAAACGUACCUUAUCUCGACUUACUUGGUGCUGGACAAACGGUAAUCUUUGAUCACGUUAUAACCAACGUUGGCAACGCUUUUAAGAACGCCACUAGUGAGUUUCGAGCACCCGUGACCGGUGUUUACGUUUUUAACUUCGCUCUUAUGAUGGACCCAGGCAUGAACAAAUAUAUCGAACUAGUUAAAGACGGCCAACACAUCAUGUGGAACUACGGACAUGCGCCGGGGUCUACACAUUACAUAUCUGCUAGUCGAACCGCUACCGUACUACUGCGCAUGGGCGAGGAAGUUUGGGUACGAACGCAGAAUAGAGCAACCCAUGGAAACGGCAGGAUCCACGGGAACGGAUUUACUACAUUUUCGGGCUGGCUGGUAGCUUUAACAGAGCAAUGAAUGUCUUGGUAUGUCAAAUCAUUGAA